UCGAAUGUUUUAUGAUUAAGUAUGGACUCGGUUUAAGCGUGAAGACUUUAGGAAGUUGUGUUACAAUCAUUGAAAACGCGUAUUAUGUGGAUAUCGUCGGAUUAUACGCCUCUGUUCUUGUGACUCGCUGCUGCUCAAAGAGUAUGGGUGUAACUAAAUAUGAGGUCACUCGCGUGUUACAUCACGUACCUCGUAACUAGACUGUGUACAGGUCUUUGAGUCGAGAUAUCGUUUGUACACAGUUUUAUACCAGCGGAACGGUUCUGUCGCAGUUUGUUCUGAAGACGCGUGCUACCGUAUGUUCGUAGUGUUGGAAAUGCUUUUUCUUGCCCGAAUGCGUUAGUUCAUUGGUUUGCCAAUGUGUUCGCAAUGGAUGACGGUGUGUUUUGCGUGUUUACAUUGUGAAGGUGUAGGUUCCUUUUCCUCGUCGUAAAGUUAACCGUAUGUGACUAAUAAAAUUGCAGAAAGUGAUAUUUGAACUAAUAAAUUAUUUCGCAUAUUCCUCCGCCAUACAGCUAACAAAUCUGAAAUUAUGAACGCCAGGUCUCAGACACUAGAACUGACUGUAGAACCCAGGCAGGUAAAGGAAGCUGUAGCUAGUUUAUUUCAUACAGUUCUUUUUCACCGAACAGUGGGAAAGUUUGAAUUCAUUCCUGAAACACCACGCUAUACAGUUGGAACUAUUGGAUUCUGUGAUGUGGAUUGUGAUUUUAUAGAUCUUACCUAUGUUUGUUGUGAUUCCGAGGAUUUAGAUCGCAAUUUGAAGAAAGAAAUUUCGGCGUUUUCGGACUCCCUACAUAGGAGUGCACAGCAGACCACUGGGCAAAUAUCAUUGGAGUUUUUCCAGCGGAAGAAAAACAGGUGGCCAUUUCCUAUUGAAAGUACUUGGGAAGUGUGGACGGUACGUGUGGAAAUUAUCAGGUUGAACAGUGAAUACGAAAGAGAACUAUCAAGAGAGAAAGUUGGUGAUAUGUUGACCGAAAAAAUACUCUAUAUUGUCGAAGUUAUGAAUAGAAACUCAUAUAUUCCAGAAUUUCCUGUUGAGGCAGAAGUGGAUCUUGUUUUUGAUACAACGUAUGAGGGGAUCCAACCAUACUUAUUUAAGUUAUCACAUACAUUAGCAGGUCCCCCGAACAAUACUGUUGGUUUAACAAUGAAGAAACUGUGGAAAGAAACUCUUACCUAUUGAAUUUUUGUAUAUUAGGUAUUUUUAUUCAGAUCGAUUUUAGUAAACUUCUGUGGCACUACUGAAAUAUCACUUUUGUAUAAACACUUUUAUUUGUUACACAUUUAGUAUGUUUGUAUAAAACUUGUGGACUUUUUGCU